AUGAAGCAUCGCACGGCUGUUUCGUUGCUCAUCCCUACUAUCUUCCUGCUCAUCACCUGGUACUCCAUCCACCUGUCCCAACGUCGAGACCACCCAGUCCUGUGGCGAACCUGGGCAGAUGCGUCGCCUACUUGGCCAGAUAAAGUCGAAGCUCUAUCCAGUCCGAUUCCCACUCCUCGUCCCUCUCCCGUCCCAUCCGCUGCACCCCUCUGGGAGGGCAAGAAUGCCUCCAAGACGCUAGUGGUCGCCAAACUGCAAGAAGACGACACCUCCUGGGUCGACAAGGUCGUACAGGAAGAUUCCGAUCUUACCAGCGCCGUCUACACCGUCAACAACCACACCGCCGCGUUGACGGUGCCCACCAACAAAGGCCACGAGGUGAUGGUGUACCUGACGUACAUCAUCGAUCACUACCACGCCCUGAAUGACGUCACCAUGUUUAUGCACGCCCACCAGAUUACCUGGCACAACAACGACUUUCUCGACUCGGACUCCGCUAAGAUGGUGCGGCGGUUGAAGAGCAAUCAUGUUAUUCGCAACGGGUACAUGAACAUGCGAUGUCAUCACGAACCGGGCUGCCCCGACCACAUCCACCCACCUGUGGACAACCAGACCGAUGAUAUCAAUAUCCCCGAGGCCGCUGUGCUUGGGAAUUCCUGGCGCGAGUUGUUCCCCAACGACCCGGUCCCACAUGUGUUGUCGCAGCCAUGCUGUGCGCAAUUCGCAGUCAGCUCGGAACAGAUUCGACGGAUCCCGCGAAAACGGUACAUCGACUAUCGCGAAUGGCUGCUCCACACCGAGUUAGAUGAUCGCUUGUCCGGUCGGGUCUGGGAAUAUGUCUGGCAGUGGCUGUUUACUGGCCACGGGGAGUUUUGUCCUGCGGAAACAACCUGUUACUGUGAAGGAUAUGGACUGUGCUUUGACCCUACCGAGUACGAUCUCUACUUCAAGAACCGGGCAGAAUUUCGCAAGCUGGAGGGAGAGGUGAAGGACAUGGAUGAAUCAAAUGAGAAGAUGGGUGAUUUGAAACGACAAAUCGAGGAACUGCGUCAUGAAAUGGACAGUUUCAAAGCGAAAGUGAAGGCACAAUGA